ACAGGGAUUUGAGACUGAGGCCUUCACACCGAAAAUACGCUUCCUCGUCCUGAUGCCAGCAGCUUGCAGAUUGUUAAUGCUGGAGCGAGAGGCAAGGAUGUCACAGAUCUUUUCCGGGUGCUUGCCAAGGCUGCAGCCAGUGGACGGUUGACCACAACAAAGAUGGCGGCAGCGGCCUCAUCACGGUAACGGCGACGCUAUUUGCCAACGAGCGCGUCAAUGUCUACUUCCGGCCUGCCUGUUUAACGUCACUUCCGACCCCGGCUCCGCGGCGUGUGCGCCGUUCUUCCCGCUGCCGCGUUGCCCGUGCCGAGCCCCGGGGCUGUGGGAUCUGAGUGAGUCUCGCGGAGGGAAUCCGAGGGAAUGUGGGGCCGGCAACAUGGAAGGCGAAGGUGGGAAGCCCGCGGCUGUUGUCGCGGUUGUGACUGAGCCUCGGUUUACCCAGCGAUACAGAGAGUAUCUCGAGAAACAGCAGCUCCUAGAUAGACAGCACCGUCUGGAAAAGAUGCCGGAUGGCACGGUGGCGCUGCCGGUGCUGGGCGAGGCUCUCCCUGAGCGGCACCUGCAGGAGCUGCGGAACCGUGUGGCUCCAGGCAGCACCUGUAGGGUAACGCAGCUCCUGGAUCCUGUUCCCUCAAAGAAGGCCCAGGGUAGUUCGCCCGCCCAGAGGCUGCGUCUUGAAGUGAGUCGCUGGGUAGAGGGCCGGGGAGUGACGUGGUCCGCUGACUUGGAGGCUGAUUUGCCCCGAUCUUGGCAACGACACGGUAACCUCUUGUUGCUGAGCGAGGACUGUUUCCAAGCCAAGCAGUGGGAAAAUCUGGAACCUGAACUCUGGAAGACUGUUGCGUCGGCACUUGGCGUGCAUCGUGUGGCCAAACGAGGGCGGGUAUCACCCGAUGGCACUCGAACACCAGCAGUGACUCUGCUGCUGGGCGACGAUGGCUGGGUAGAGCAUGUGGAUAAUGGGAUCCGAUAUAAGUUUGACGUGACCCGGUGCAUGUUCUCCUUCGGAAACAUCACGGAGAAGCUUCGAGUGGCAUCGCUGCCCUGUGCUGGAGAAGUGCUGGUGGAUCUGUAUGCGGGGAUUGGUUAUUUUACAUUGCCCUUCCUAGUCCAUGCUGGGGCUGCCUUCGUCCAUGCCUCAGGUGCACGGGAAACCAUGGAAGACCCAAAUACUGCACAUCCAACCGGUGAAAUCCUAUGCUCCCCACGUGGAUCACAUCGUGUUGGAUUUGGAAUGCCGCCCCUGUGCUCUACUUGGCUAAAGAAGGUGGAUCCUGAGACACAAGGAUCUGCAUUUUUCUCCGAGCACUUGCUGGAUUGGCCUGGUCAGGAAGAGGCAUCUAAUGGAACCAAGGAAAAAAGACUGAAAGGAUCAGGAGGCUCCUGGAGUGUUUGUCACCUCAGCCCAGGAAUGUGCACAAGUGCUGAAGGCUUCCUUUGUGAGCAUCAGUAUUAGUUGCUGGUUAAUGCACCCACUUGCUGGAGAGGUUGUGAUUAAAAGUCAGUAAUGAUAAUUUUAUUAAACUCUCUAAACCGUGAGUUACCUUUAUUCAUUAACUUCAUAAUAUGAAUAAAAUAUGUGCAUAUAUUGAUACAGGAGUAUAGUGUAUACAUUUUAAACAUAAAUACAUAGAAAUUUAAAAUGACAAGAAACAAAUAGCAUUUUUAAUUCACUUUCUCCCACCCUGGGCACACAUGUGAGGAGAAACCCAAUAGACUUUAUUUCUAACAGCCUCAGCGUGCUGUCACUUUACGUUGGGCAAGCUAUAUCAUUUUCUUGGCCUUUGGUAGUUUCCUCUUGUGUAUACUGAUCAUUACUCAGCUGAUACUUUGGGGACAUGGUUAGCAAGGUGUUUGGGUUCUUUGUAGCUGUCUCUACUCAGGUAUUCCACUCUCUGGACUCAUUGCUGGCCUCCACCUGGCUUCCCCCUUCUCAAGCCAUAGCCCAGAAACUUUCUCUAGGCAGCAAUUCAAUGGCUCACUUUGUUUGUGGCUCCCAUGGAUCACUGUUUUUCAUUGCCUGUGUCGAGUGCCCUGAGGGUGGUGGUUCAUGUGUUUUGUGUAGCUUUUUUGUUUUUUAAACUAUUUAGAAGUGUAUAAAUAUAAAUAGUAAGUGUAUAAAUUUACUAGGUUUCACAAUCAUUGAAGAAGUUCAUUCUAAUAAUAAAUAUAUACAAGAACUUAACCUGACACAGAAUUUCAACACAUAAACCACAUAAAAAUUUCUUACCACUAUUGUGCUUAGAAUCCCUACCUUUAUUAUAAACUGAAUAUAAAAAUAAUAACAAUAAAUACAUCUUUCUGAUUAGCUAUGAUAAUACCUGCAAGGUUACUUGAUCAACAACCACACAACUUGAGAGAGGCCAAAAACUGUCAGAAUAGCUAUUUGUCUCUUUGGCUUUUCAUUUUUAUUUAUUUUUUAAAAUAUUUUAUUUAUUUAUUCAUGAAAGACCUAGAGAAAGGCAGAGACAUAGGCAGAGGGAGCAGCAGGCUCCUUAUGGGGAACCUGAAGUAGCACUGGAUCCCAGAACCUUGGGAUCAUGACCUGAGCCAAAGGCAGAUGCUCAACCACUAAGUCACCCAGGUGCCCGCUUUGGCUUUUUAAAGAUCAAGGUUGAAUCAAAGGCAAAUGGAAAAUAGUGAAUAUGAGGUUAAGACUAUGUUUUGGUACAUACCACAUACACCAUACCACAGCACAUUGCAUACACACAUACUCAUAUCAUCUUGUCACCUGUAUUGAAUGGCCCAUGCAGUAAAGCUGUAGGUACACUAUUAGGUAGAUAGAUGGCAGAUGGAUAGACUAUCCUAGUUUCUCUAUUAGUAACUGAAUUUUUUUUUAAAUCAAAACUGUAUGCAUAGUUUCAUAACUCAAGUAAAGGUAACGAAACUAUGAAUAAAACUGCAGUUCCACAAUACCACAGUGAAGUGGCUAUAUCCUACAGCAACUUUCCUCAUUUUUGUGUCCACUUUAAUGAUUUCAACUGGGCCCAUGGGUCAAAGGAGAUGCAGGAUCUAACCAACAUGUACCAACAGGAGCCAUGAGAGAAUGGAACUAGGCCCUGAGAGUUCUGGAUAUGAAAUAGUUUGCAUUCCUGUAGGACUCCACUCCCAUUAUAAUAUGGUCCAAGGAGACCUAGACAAUCUGAAUAUCACAAAGAACAUCACAAUAACCUACUAUAUUUAUAGCAUCAUUACUAAUUAGGUCAGAUAAACAAUAAGCUAGUGUACUGCCAUCCAGAGAUGGAAAAUAAUCACUAAUACAAUCCAGCAACCUGUUACAGUAGUGACAUUUUUAGGACUGCUGGUCUGCCUGAAUGCUAAGACAUCUCCUUCAUAGUAAAGAACAAGUUUUUGCCUCUUACCCACUCAUUAGUAGUCUUCUACCAAGGAACACACCAACCUCUGUAUGGUUCUCUGGGAAUUCAGAAUUUAGGAAUACUCUGGCUCAUGCUGGGUGAAAUAGAAGGCUGCCAGUUUUCAGUGAGAUCCGUAACACAUUAAGGCUCUAUAGCAGGGUGGAAUUAGCUUUGUUCCACAGGCCAUUGAAUCCAGGAGAUUCUGUGGUACAAUAUAUGUGAGGCCAUGGGAGUUUACGGCAAGCUCCAAUGGGAAAAAAAAUCACAAGGUAGUCAUAGGCAGACAUCUGUAGCAAGGUCAGGUGAUUAUGUAGUAGAGAACCAUGUAUCAUCCAGAAAUGGUUCUCAAAUACAAAUGGGCGUUGGUAAAAUCUGAGUAUCUCCUGGGACAUCAGGUAACCCUGUAGCUAGUGUUGCCCAUCACAAGCUGAGUUUUGUCAGACCCUUCAAGUCAAUCCCUCCUAAGAUGGAAGCAUCAUAUCUGGGUUGGAUGACAAGGCCAGAAGAAAGUAAAAAGUUGCACAGACAGGUGGCCCAGACUCCUAUGUCAGAUUUAUAACUCUUGCAUCAGUGCUCUUCCCUCAGGUCACAAUUUACAGACACUUGAGAGGCUCUUCUGUCUUGAUGAAGGACAAAAAUGCACAGCUAAGUUCUUUGAUGGGUUCUUUGAGAGACUGCUGCUACCCUACCCCUACAGCCCUACUCAGAAGUGAGGGGAGUCCUCCCAAAAGGCAGAAUUGGGAGUAUUCCUGGUCCUCCACUUUGUAUGGAAAGAGAAAUGGCCCAGGACGCCUGGGUGGCUCAGUGGUUGAGCAUCUGCCUUCAGCUCAGGGCAUGGUCCUGGAGUCCCGGGAUUGAGUCCUGCAUCAGGCUCCUUACAUGGAGCCUGCUUCUCCCUCUGGGUCUCUCAUGAAUAGAUAAAAUCUUUAAAA